GGGAGGAAAAAAACAAAAGGGCAGGACGCGAAAGCUCCUCUCCAGUUUCUAGGCGACGGCUGCGAAGGGGGAAGCGGCGAGGAGAGAGGGAGGGAGGGAGGGAGGAGAGAGACGACGGGGGAGCACGAAACCCUAAUCCCGAGGCAGCCCGCCUCUCCGAUCGCCUGCUCUCCUCCGACGUUUCCUGCUGCUUUAAGUAUUGAGUAGAGUCACCAUGAGCGCCCGAACUAAAGAAAAAUGUCCACUUUGCUUGGAGGCGAUGGAUUUGACAGAUAAACAACUGAAGCCUUGUAAAUGUGGAUAUGAGAUAUGUUUGUGGUGUUGGCAUCAUAUAAUGGAAAUGGAUUUGAAGGACGAAUCUGGCGGGAGAUGCCCUGGAUGCCGUUCUGUCUAUAACAAGGAUAGGAUCCUGGGGACAAGCGUCAGCAACCAAAUUUUAAAGGAACUUUGUGCCAAUACAUCAAACUAUCAAAAAGAACAAACCAAAUCUCAUAAGCAGAAAUCUGCAAAAGUUCAGUUGGGACUGGCAGAAGAACCAAAAGAUCCAAAUAGUAUUCGUGUGAUUCAGCGGAAGCUUGUUUAUAUUGUUGGGAUGCCUUCUGAGUUCGCCAGUGAAAAGGUGCUGAGACAGAAGAAUUUUCUCGGGCAAUAUGGAAAAAUGAAAAACAUUAUUAUUGAUAAUAUUGGAGCUAACCAACAGAUUCCUGACUCUGGCCGUGUAUAUGUUACAUUCUCAAGGGAAGAGGAGGCUGUACGAUGCAUACAGGCGGUUAAUGGUUUCAUCUUGCAUGGUAGACCUUUAAAAGCAACCUUCGGUGUCACAAGAUAUUGUCAUGUAUGGCUAAGCAAUAAGGAUUGCCGAAAGCCAAACUGUUCAUAUGUGCAUAAUAAAGCCCCAGCAGAAGAUAUUUGUAGCAAAGAUGAUGUUUCUGUGGUGUGUGCAAGGCUUGAGCAUUUGAUGGGAAUCGAUACGAAGGGCCUCCAACACCGUUCAGGAAGUACUUUACCCCCACCAAGUGACUGCAAUUCAAGAACGACAAUUUGUAGUGAAAUCUCCAAAGAUAUUUGCACGAAUGGUAACAGAUUACUACCCAAUGGCGCUAACAAGAAUCCUGGUUUACUUCCAGCCACCACUCCAUGGGACUCAAGUCUUUCUUUUGACAGUCCAUCAUCUAUGGCAAAUGUGAUUCUUCAUCAACGGAAUGACCAUGAGAGCAUACAUAAUAAUCAGCAAAAAUUGUCUGAUCCCAAUUCUCAAAAAUUGCCACCACUUGGAGGGCUUGAUUGUUCAAGUGAAAUGACUACCUCAGUAAAGCAUAUGCAUCAUUCUUCUGGACCUAUCGAGGGCACCUUGUUGCAGAGCACAUCGAAUAUAAAUUUAGUUUCACAAGGACCAAAGGGGCACCUCAAUGAGCAGUUGGCCUCUAAUAAUGAUAAAUCUCAAGCAUCUGCACAAUUAGGAAAUGGCACUUCAAAUUCCAAACAAAUGACCUCAGCAGAAAAUGGAACAUCUGAUACUUCAUGGCAAAAGCCACAGUAUGUUAGUGUUGUUUCACAAGGACAAGGUGGAUCAGGUCGGCGUUUUACUGUACUUACCAGGCAGAUGGCUUCCACUGAUACUAGGUCUAAAGCGACAGGACAAGUUGGUAAGGGCACUCCGAAUUCCACAAAACUUACUUUGGUAAAAAAUGAGCACAGCGACUGCAUUAUUAUUCCUAGAAGUCAGAAUGUGAAUCUAGUUUCCCAGAGACCAGAACGACCUUUGCAUCUGUUGGCUUCAGCAAGUGUUAAAUCUCACGCAGGAGCAGAGAAAAAGAACGAAUGCUCAGAUAUCAGUGAAAAGCUAGUCCCAGGAAAUCAUAAGCAGCUUUCGGGGAGCAGUGUGUCAUACAGUUCAACUGCAGUGCAGAGUAUGAGUGGCAGACCUAUGCUCAGUACUCUUUUUACGUCUGAUGCCAAAUCUCAAGCAUCAGCUGGACCACACAAUCUUUCAGAUUCGGACAGGAAGUUUGCAUCACAAAAUCAAUUGCAUCUGGUAAAUCAACAAAACACACAUGUUUCUAAUACAGGUAUAGCAGGAGCAAGUCUCUGCUGUAGCAUACUCAAUAAUCAGGUAGCUUCCACUGAUGGUAAACGUCGAAAUUCAGCACAAGGAGGGCACCACUGCACCUAUACCAGGGAAAUAACUCUGUCAGGUGAUAUAGUUUCAUCUCAGUGUACAGAUAGCAUUAUGUCAUCAAGACCACUCGGUGUAGUAUCAUCCACUGAUAUAGCGGCACCAGAUAGAGAAGGAAGAAAGAGACAAGUUUGCCCUCCUGGAUUUGAGGUGCUUCACCACUCUUCUGACUCAGGCAAGUUCGUAUCAGUGAGCUCCCCAACUUACUCUGAACCGUGCUCCACAUCUGAUGCCCUGGUACUAGAUUCUUGUGGUAUUACUGAUCAACACCACAUCAUUAGCUUGGUUUCAAAUUGCCUGAUUGAUGAUGGAGAUGUCACACAAAAUAAAAAUGUGAGCAUUUCUUCUCCACUCAGUUCAACUGAUACCAUCCGGAUGUGCCCACAGAUUCUAGGCACCUUCUCCGGUUCGUCAAAUCACCCUCAAUUAUCACAUUAUCCUAGUGGCUUGUUGCGAUGCACAUUUCCUUCUCUAUGCACAUCAUAUCAGAAGCCUGAAUAUCUGGAUGGAAUCACCGGUAGCUAUGUGUCCACUGGGGGAUAUGAUGCAUUUUGCCAAGGCACAACAUCAGGCAUGAAAGCUGGUAUGGUAGGCACAUGGGUCCAACAGCCUCCGCCAAGUCCUCAUCACGGCUGGACUACUGGAAACGCAGAUUCCGGAAUGAAUUGCCCACAGGUCAACAUUUCAUACCCCAGUUACACCCUGUUCUAGCACCUGGACGAGGUCUGCUUUCCAGCCCCUGACAACAAACAUGUACAAGUAAUAUGCACGCCUUUUAACCUAGAUGGCUAAUGGUGGAUGGUAGUGACAUUGGGGUCAAGAAUGCUUCGUGUUUCUGCUCAAGCUUGUAAAGAUCAAACAUGGAGCUUCAUGUAGAAAGAUUGUGUUGGAUGAUCC